ACGCCAUCUCCGAUCUCCGACACAACUCUCAAUCACUCAACCACCCGCUUCAUAUCUCAGUCUUCAAGAAAGCCACAGGCAAAAGCCCACUCUACAGGGCUCUUCCUCAACCAUGUCCAGGCCAACGCUGCUUCAGUCACAGACGCAGGCGCUCCUCACCCUCCUCAACCUCAACCAGCCUCCCCCCACCGUCUCAGGCUCCUCCAACGGCCCUUUUCCCUCCCCUCGCCCCGGCACUCCCGCGUCGGGAUUUGACGAGUCAUCUCAGCCUCUUGUCUGGAAGGUCCUGAUUCUCGAUGACUUGAGCAAGGACAUCCUCGCCACUAGUCUGCGGGUGCAGGACUUGCGUGAGCAGGGCGUCACCUUGCAUAUGCAGCUACACGCUCAGCGGCCUCCACUUUCCGACGUUCCUGCGGUUUACUUCGUGACGCCGACACUUGCCAAUAUUCGACGCAUCGCGGAGGACUUGAGCCCUCCCCUGUACUCAUCGUACCACCUUUCCUUCACAUCGGCUUUGCCGCGAUCGCUUCUCGAGGAGCUUGCUUCGCUUAUCCUCGCGAGUGAUCCCACCGGUGCAGCUGGGCAGUUGAUCAACUCUGUUCAUGACCAAUUCCUCGACUUCCUCGUUCCAUCCCCUAACCUCUUCUCUCUGCUCCCAAGCCGUGUGCCUAUCGACGCCAACGGACAUGCGAAGAAGGCCGGCGCGCCGGAAAAGGAAGUAGACGGCAAACCCAGUUAUGUUGUCCUCAACGAUCCCAAGGCGGGUGAGGUUGAGAUCGAAGAGGAAGUCGAGCGCAUCGCCAAGGGCCUUUUCAGCGUCAUCGUCACCAUGGGCAUCGUUCCAAUCAUCCGCUCCCCGCGAGGUAACGCUGCUGAGAUGGUCGCCCGCAAGCUUGAUGCCAAACUGCGCGACCACAUCUCAUCGACAUCCUCGCAGCGAGGUGGAACGUCGUUUGGAGCCGACAGCCUUCAGCGUCCCCUUCUUGUCAUCAUGGACCGCAAUGUUGACCUUGUUCCUAUGCUCUCUCACUCUUGGACUUAUCAGGCGCUUGUCCACGAUGUCCUCGAUAUGAAGCUCAAUCGUGUAACAGUAGAGUCGCCAGAGAACGGGCGACUGCAAAAGAAGUCUUACGACAUCGAUUCUAAGGACUUUUUCUGGGCCAAGAAUGGCGGUAACCCGUUUCCGCAGGUGGCCGAGGAUAUUGACACGGAGCUUAAUCGCUAUAAGUCGGACGCGGCUGAGCUCACGCGAUCAACCGGUGUCAGCGAUGUCAACGACGUUUCUCAAAUUGACUUCUCCUCAAAUGCCGCCAACCUCAAGACCGCGAUCACGGCUCUUCCAGAGCUCACCGCGCGAAAGCAUACUCUUGACACGCACAUGAACAUCGCGACAGCAUUGUUGCAGGCGAUCAAGGAGCGCAGCUUGGACAACCUGUUCCAGGUUGAGGAGUUGGCGUCCAAGAUGACUAAAGCCCAGGUUCUUGCGGCGAUGCGAGGUCAAACCGACGAGCCUGGACAGAUUGCGCACCCUACAGCUGAGGACCAGCUCCGUCUGGCGAUCAUCUUCUACCUCUCUGUCCCCGACAUGCCCAAGGCUGACCUGGAGGAGAUCACUGGUCAACUGCUAUCCGCCGGCGCCGAUGUCUCCGCGCUGGAGUAUGUCAAGAAAGUGCGCGAAAUCACGCGCAUGACGAUGAUGGCUUCUCAGCCGGCAGUGGCAGCCCAGCCAGUCGCCGCUGGUGGCGAGUGGACUAAAGGCUUUGGUGUGCUGGGCAACCGCAUCACCGACCGUCUUCGCGAGGGAGGCAUAACUGGCGUGAGCCUCGACAACAUCAUCAGCGGUGUGAAGAACUUCCUUCCCGCCAAAAAGGAGCUGACGAUCACUCGACUCGUGGAGGCGCUGAUGGAACCGUCGACAGCGGCAACUCAAGCCCUCCAGGACACCGACGAUUACCUCCUGUUCGACCCCAAGGCGACGCGCUCGAGGAACCCUCAGUCCGGCCGCACGAGGACACAGUACCAGGAAAGUGUGGUGUUUGUUGUUGGCGGUGGUGGGCGGCAAGAGGAUCACGUACGGAAGUACGGAGGUCUUGAAUCCCACAAGCUUUGUCAAGGCUCUUGGGGAUCUUGGCUCGAGUUCUUAGAGCGUCGUAGCGCAUAAAAUUCAGACUGCAUGUAGAGUAUUGUUUGUGAG